AUGUUUUUACUACUCGGCUGUCGGCUUGCAACUUCUGGCCGGAAGUUGAGGGGUUCGGCUUUUGGACGGGUCUUGACAAGUACUUCGGAGACAAUAACAGACGAUGUUCUCGAAAAAAGAGUACGAAACUUAUCAAAUAAAAUAAAAUUUAAGUCAACAUUUUUAAUGUCAAGUGCUUGGGAGAUAUCGCAACUAGAAAAAAUCAAAAAAAAAACAACUGGAUGCCAGAAAAUUCGAAGAAAGACAAGAAAGUUAAUCAGGCAGCGCCUCUUCUCUCAUAUUCGUCACGAUUCACAGCGACAUCUUCAAAAUUUAAAAAUCUAA